AUGGCCAUUUCCAUGUUGAGCGCGACGCCGCCGCGCGGCCAGGCCGGCACGCUCUGGUACAUGGCUCCCGAGAGGCUCCUGGGGAAGCCGGACUACGACGAGCUCGUGGACGCCUGGUCGCUCGGCUGCGUCAUGGCGGAGCUGCUCGCCGGCGAGCCAUUGUUCCGUGGCCACAGCGCGACCGACCAGCUCCUGAGAAUCUUCCGCGUGCUCGGCGGCACGUGUAUGGCAUCCACGCCGCUCGCCGCCGCGGGGCAGAAGCUGCUGACCCGCCGAGGCGGCAGCCGGCUUCGUGAGCUGUUCCCCGAGGAGCGCCUGUCGCGCGACGGGUCCGAGGUUUUAGAGGGGCUCCUCACGUGGGACCCCGGCGAGGGGCGCUCCAAUGCCCAUGGUUUGCUGGCACCGCCGACGUCCCGGCUUCAGCCGCACAGGAUGCGUGCUCGACCACCAUUCUACCUCAUCACUUGGGAGUGCAUUUCCGGAUAUUUUGCUGUGUGA